AUGGAUGCUUCUGAGGAAGCAAAAAGAGUAUCAAUACAGGUUACAUCCCUGUCUACGCAAUUGAUCGAGAGCGUGGAUAAACAGUCACACUUAGAAGAACAGCUUAAUAAAUCCUUAAAAACAAUAGCCAGCCAGAAGGCAGCAAUUGAAAACUAUAAUCAGUUGAAAGAAGAUUACAACACUUUAAAAAGAGAAUUGUCAGACAGAGAUGACGAAGUGAAAAGAUUGCGUGAAGAUAUAGCCAAAGAAAAUGAGCUUCGAACUAAAGCUGAAGAGGAAGCGGAUAAACUAAAUAAAGAAGUUGAGGAUCUGACUGCUUCCCUCUUUGAUGAGGCUAAUAAUAUGGUUGCUGAUGCUAGAAAGGAGAAAUAUGCUAUCGAAAUCUUAAAUAAGAGACUCACUGAACAACUGCGUGAAAAGGACACAUUACUGGAUACUUUGACCCUACAGCUCAAGAAUCUGAAAAAAGUGAUGCAUAGUUUAGAUAAUGAAAGCACAGUCACAAAUAAUUCGAACAGAUAUUCCACAAUAUUGAGUGAUUCAGCAACUUCUUCUAGCACUUCUUUGAAUAAAGUUCCAACUUCAUAUUCUCUUGCUUCCCAAGAUAUUUAUAGCGGAAUUGUGUACUCGCCAAGCAUUUCAUCUAUUCGUUAUGAUAUAAGCCUUUACAAUGAAUUUCUAAAAUUUGUCGCUGCACUACCCCGUUGUGAAAACAUAAAGGCAACUUCAACCGAAUCAAAGUUAAUACGAAGAUUGGUAAAUGAUGAAAUCCAGCCUAUACUUAAGAUUGAUAAUGCUUCAGGCAUCGGCUGGUUGGUUAAAAAAACCCUACUUUCCUUGAUUAUAGAUGGUUUGGUGGUCGUGGAACCCCUAAGCGGCGUUAAUGCAACCUACCAAAUUGGCUACAACUCAAGUAGCCCUGCAAAGCAAGCCACUUCGAAUAUGCCAAAAAUGUUCAAGUUUCCCUUAGAUUCACCUCCAGUUGCAGUGCACGCCGCAUGUUCCUUUUGUGGAGAAUCUAGAGAUGACAUUAUCGAACACGCAAGGAUGUAUAUAUUGAAAACGUUGCACAAGACUGACGACGGUAAAGAACAAGUUACGAAUACGUAUCCCUUGUGUCAUUGGUGUUUGCUAAAGUUGCGGCAGACAUGUGAAAUCUUUGCUUUCCUGAGAUCAUUGAAGGUAGGCGCAUGGCAUUUAGAAAAGCUAACGACGCAGAACAUUACCAAGGAAGAUUUGGAAAAAUUCUCUGAAGUAACGAAGCAUACCAAAAGAGACGGCAGGGUUUCUUCUCAAGACAAAAAAACCAAACGUUUAAGUUUUAUGGCAGGACUUGGUAUCAAUUCUUCAACAAAAAAUAAGCCAAAGAUGGAGAUUUUUUCUUCUGAAACAAAUGCAAAGCCAGGACAACCUACCACUAAUAUUCAAAGAGCAUGGCUGCAAUUGUGUAAAUUGCGUUGUAUACUUCAUUGGACUCAUAUUGGCAUAUGGGCAGUGGAUGAUUCAAUUUCUUCAAAAAUUGGACCGUUAGUUGAGGAUGACAGCGAUGAGGAUCAAAACGAUGCUAUAUCGGUUCGCUUGCAGGACAAAGCUCUUUGGAAGCAGGACGCAAAAAGACCUUUUUCUUCAUCUAGCGCAGAAGAAAGUCAAAAGAGCGACGCUUUUGACUUUGAAAGUGGAGAUAUGGAAAAUGAAAUUACGGGUGAAUCUUCAAGUGAUGAAUCCUCUUCAGAUGGGUCUUCCACAGAUAAUUCAACCGCAGAUAGUUCAUCAGAAGAUGAAUCUUCUCUAGCAGAUUCUACUACAAGUAGCGCAGAUUCUAGUUCACCAGAGAGUAUAGACAACGGUGAAGGUGAUGACACGGUAACGAAAGAUGACAAAAGUAGCAUUAAGUCGGCAAAUAAUAAUGAAGAAAACAGCGAUUGCGGAGAUAAAAAAGGUCGUUCUAUAAUAAAGAAAAAGGCUCCUCAACGCAAGAUACAAAAGAAGAAGUUACUCCAAGAUUUGGAUGAUUUAGAAGAGCAAUUUAGAGAAGAAAGCGCAAUUGAUCAGACUGAAUUUGAAAACGCUGAGUCUAAUGUAAAACAAAAUAUAUCCUCGAAGAGGGCAUCUUCUGGAGACGAGAACUCUAAGAAGGAUAAUAAUGAAAAAACUUUAAAGACAAACUUGACGAUAGGCGACAAAACCCAAGAACAAAUAGGGGAAAAUAGUCCUAGUAGCGGAUUGCAUGCGUCUUCAAGCAAUGAUGACAAUUUCGAUGAUGCCCAGGAACAGCAAUAA